AUGUGGGAACAAGCUUUGUCUGUGCUUCCCUUGGCACGAAGUGCCGUCAUGAGCACUCCUUUAGGGGUAAACUGCCCAGUUGCACCUGGAAGCCUUCAAGGCUUCAACCUUAUGCCUCAGAUGAUGUCAAGCUUCCCAUGGCUACAUUUUAUUUAUCAAGUGCUAGCCAUCCAAGGGAACAACAAUAACAUCAACAACACAGGUGUAAGGGUGGAAGAGGAUUUGGCCAAACCAUAUAAACCAAGCAACCUUUCAUGCUUCUCACAGCUAAUCGCCGAUUAUGAUUUCCAAACAAAGAUCAAGAUGCCAUCCCAUAUCAAAACAUAUGAUGGGACUGAAGAUCCAGAGGAUCAUCUCCAGAUCUUUACUGGUGCUGCUAGGAUCGAGAAAUGGUCUAAUGCUGAAUGCUAUCUCAUGUUCGUGCAAACCCUUGUUGGUUCAGCAAGAAUCUGGUUCAAUGAUUUACCUACCAGAAGCGUUCGAAGCUUCGAUGACCUUAGCAAAGGAUUCCUAGCCAACUUCUCCCAGCAAAGGCGGUACAUUAAAGAUGCCACAGUGAUUUUCCAGAUAAAACAAAGGGAUGAUGAAAGCCUUCGAGAGUUCAUAGAAAGGUAUAAAAAGGAAGGUCUAACGUAUGUGGGGGCGGAUGAAAAGAUGAGAGUAGCCGGUUUCAUGAAUGCCAUCACCUCCAAAUACCUUACAAGGGAUUUCAACAAGUCCCUACCCAAGACCUUGGAAGAAGCUCUCGAAAGGGCCAAAGCCCACAUUAGAGGGGAGGAGGCUGUAGACAUAAAAGAGCAAAGAAAAAGGGGAUCUAGCUGGCGAGGCAACAGUCCAGCUAGGAAAAAGGAAAACUUCCAUUCUUACGACAGACGCCAAAGGGGUUCAGAGCAACGAAGGUCUGAAGGCCGGAACCCUUCAAGCAGGGAGAAGGCCAUGAACUUCACACCCCUUACCAAAACCCCCCAAGAGAUACUUGCUACAGAGGAAGUGAAACAAAGCUUCCGACCUCCCAGACCUCUCCCUAAAAGCAAAAGGAAUGAGAAUUCCACCCAGUUUUGCGAAUUUCAAGAAGAGAAGGGUCACCAUACUAACGAUUGCUUUCAACUCAAAAAGAGGAUUGAAGAGGCCGUCAAGUCCAGGCCUCCAGGGAGCUUGCCCACUUAG